AUGACAAUUGUUUCCCAAAGGCAGAUGAACAGCCUGGAGGCGAAAAUCGGCACUUACGAGAAAGCACUCAAGAUUGUGGGCGAUUGGAACGGACUUUCUAGCGAGGAACUUGUGAACCUCGCGCUGUCAGAGGAGACUUCGUCUAAUAAAGAUGCGUAUACCAAUCCCACGCGAUCAUCAGGGACAAGCACUGCGUCUUCCAAAAAGCUCAUCACGGGGCCUUCUCGAGUCCUAGACUAUACCGCCGUGGACUACAAUUUUGACGACGCCAGCCGUUCAACGGGAUACAUCGGUAGAAGUUCAGAGAUUUACUGGAUGCACGCUCUCAACAAAAUGAUCAAUUCUUCCAAGAAAACAAAGGGUGAUUCAAACGCCUCAAGUGCCUCAACACUUGGCCCACAUGGCGAUGGAAGAGCAAUCGCGUCGUUUAACUAUAACCUCGACCAUUUAGAGAUCACUACGACCGAAAGAGUUGAGCAAAUCUCAGUUCCGCCAAAGGCCGUUUGCUGGCAUCUUUUUGAAUUAUACCGCUCUUCAGUCCAUCCGUUGUUUCCCAUUAUCGGGCUUGUCCCGUUUACACGGCAGUUGGAGUCGUUUUUAGACAAACCCAUGCAGCCUGGAAGUAGAUGGCUCGCCAUACUGCAUUUGAUAAUUGCCAUUGCUGCCAGAUACAACUAUGUGACCAAUCGCCAAUGGAGGUACGACCAGGUUGACCAUUUUAGUCACUUUCUGAAAGUGAAAACGCUCAAUAUAGACAAUCAGGUUUUGAGCCAUCCUGAUAUGCAACAAUUGCAAGUUGAAGGGCUAGCCUCAUUCUAUCUGCUAUCAAUGGGUUACGUGAAUCGGUUUGUCUACAUCUCCUUGAAAACUACUCAUGUUGAGUGGAUUUCUGACUCGUGUCCUAUUGGAUCCUCAGGGCCUGGUUCCUCUGCGGCAGUGCACUACGCCGAGCGUUUGCCCUUGGGCUACAUCUACGCAACUGUUCCGGAUAACAUACUGACAACGCCGCUUCUUCUCCCUUUUGACGAAAGUGACUUUCCCAAGGAGGAAGUCCAACGUCUUCUUGCUCGUUCCGCACCAAGCCCGAGUCAGCUUGCACCAGUGAUAGGGACCUCCAAAAGUACCACUUCUGGCGAAACUAAGCAAGAUGCUACCUCAGAUUGCAGUCACGCUCCUCCAUCCUGUUCUCUUUAUUUCACCCAAUUGGUAAAGCUAACUAUCAUCGCUAAGAAGAUGUCCAUCAAGCUCUACAAUCCAGAGUCAGUACCGUCACUAUGGUCAGGUAUCAAGUAUGCAAUGCAUGACCUGAUACAUGAGCUCGAAGCUUGGCUCAUGAAUCUGCCUAAGUUUUACGACUUCUCGUCACCAACAAAUACUUCCUCUUUGGCGACCGAAAGGAUGACACUUGCUCUUUUGUUUUAUAGUACCAAGCUUGCGAUUACAAGGCCCUGUCUCGGCCCUUCAGAUCCCGAACAAAAAGGACAAAAUGAUCGUGAAUUCACCAAGAAAAAUGCGGUCGAUUGCGUUGAGUCGGCCUGCCACGUGAUAAGGCUUCUUCCAGAACCCGCGGAUACGGACGCACUAUACACGUUGUUUCCAUGGUGGAGCAUUAUACACUUCUUGAUGCAAGCAACGGCGGUCCUUUUUAUUGAGGCCAGUUUGAACUUUGAGCACAUUCCGCAAAAGGUGCCAAUGGUUUUAAGGGCUGUCAAAAAAUCGCUUGAGUGGAUGUCCGUCAUGUCAACAACCAGCACUACCGCAGCCAGAGCUCGAAAGGUUUGCGAACAUUUCUUGGAACGACUGGGCAUCGAGCUCGAUUCUGAAGAUUCCAACCCCUCCAAGCCCGAGUCGGACUCGAAUGAUUCCCCUCCCAUUCAAGAAAACUUUUCCAAUCCACCGCCAAAAAGGGUGAAAUUCCAGGACCCAGCCGCCGAGUCAGACCCCCCAUUAAUGCUACACACCUAUCACUCAAAUUUCUCUGCGUCCGCGCAUACAAUGGGGGCACCAGGAACGGCAGCUGUGCCAAAUAUGAUGGAAAGCCACAAACCUACACCCUAUGCCUUUGCCGACGAGCUUCUUCCUUAUGACCAAAAUACGGGGGUUUAUACCGAUAGUAUCUUUCCGCCCGUCGACCCGACCCUGGAGUCUAAUUUGAGCUAUCCCCCAGAUCUCACGCUAUAA